GCCCCUCGCAAAAGCCAAGUCCAGCAUCCAAAGCAGUGCAGCUCCCCCAGGACAUGCCCAGCAGGGGGAAGGAGCCCUGAGGAGCAGCUCCCACGUUCCAGGGUCAGCAGGAAGAUCCCAGCAGGACCCAGGACACCCCACAAGCACCAUGAGCACUCCUGCAGCCCCCAGCCUCGCUGUCCCCUCCUCAGCAGCACCCAUCCCCUUCCCCGCCGCCCUGGCCAUUGUCCUGAGCUGCCUCCUCUCUGGGGCUCACAGCCAGACCCCAGGGGCCGUGCAGGAGAGCCCGGUGCCCCUGGGGGAGCUGGGCCUGGUGCAGGUUGUGUCCAACGCGUCGGGCGGGAGCCGUCCCUCGGAGCCGCCGCUGCUGCCCGUGUGCGCCCGGCCCGCCGACAUCCGCCACGCCUUCAAGUACAUCAACACCAUCGUGUCCUGCACCAUCUUCGUCGUGGGCAUCAUCGGCAACUCCACGCUGCUGCGCAUCAUCUACAAGAACAAGUGCAUGAGGAACGGCCCCAACGUGCUCAUUGCCAGCCUGGCCCUGGGCGACCUGCUCUACAUCCUCAUCGCGCUGCCCAUCAACGUCUACAAGCUCCUGGCCAAGGACUGGCCCUUUGGGGUGCAGGUCUGCAAGCUGGUGCCCUUCAUCCAGAAAGCCUCCGUGGGCAUCACGGUGCUCAGCCUCUGCGCCCUCAGCAUCGACAGGUACCGAGCCGUGGCGUCCUGGAGCCGGAUCCAGGGCAUUGGGAUCCCCAUGUGGAAGGCCGUGGAAGUGCUGCUGAUCUGGGCAGUGGCCAUCGUGCUGGCCGUGCCUGAGGCCAUCGCCUUCGACAUGGUGGAGCUGAGCUACUGGGAGCAGCACCUGUGGGUGUGCAUGCUGGCCUCGGAGCAGAAAUCCCGCUUCAUGAGGUUCUACCGGGAUGUGAAGGACUGGUGGCUUUUUGGCUUCUAUUUCUGCCUGCCCUUGGUGUGCACAGGCAUCUUCUACACCCUCAUGUCCUGUGAGAUGCUGAGCAAGAGGAACGGGAUGAGGAUCGCUCUGAAUGACCACAUGAAACGGCGCCGGGAGGUGGCCAAGACCGUGUUCUGCCUGGUGGUGAUCUUUGCUCUCUGCUGGCUGCCCCUGCACCUCAGCCGCAUCCUCAAGAAGACCAUCUAUGAUCAGACAGACCCCAACCGCUGCGAGCUGCUCAGCUUCCUCCUGGUGAUGGAUUACUUUGGGAUCAACAUGGCCUCCCUCAACUCCUGCAUCAACCCCGUGGCUCUGUACUUUGUCAGCCGGAAAUUCAAGAACUGCUUCCAGUCCUGCCUGUGCUGCUGGUGCCAGAGGCCAGCCCUGAGCAUCACCCCCACGGAUGAGAAGGGCUCUGUUGGGAAGUGGAAAGCCACGGGGCAGGAGCUGGGGCUGGACCGGAGCAGCUCCCGCCUGAGCAACAAGUACAGCUCUUCCUAAAGGCGUGUCACCAUCCAGGACAAGGCACAGGGACAGCAGGACCCCUCCGAUCCUCCCCCAGGCUCUUCCUGGCUGGGCCUGGAUCUGCUUUGCCUUCGUGUCCUCACCCAGCUGGAAGGAGCUGGAGCAUUCCCCAGGACCUGCUCCAAGCCCAGCCCUUGACCCCAGAGGUCCCCUCAGGAGAGGGAAGGGCAUUCAAAUCCUCACAGGACUUCUCAUUUCCUCACAGGAAAGCCCAGGGACUUCUGGCCAUUGCCUCGGGG